AUGCUGUGGAUUUCAUAUGUGGUUUUUUUGUUUAACCUCACAUUCUGUUCUGCUGAUGUAAUUGAAAACAAACGUAAGGCAGAUGAGCUGAAUUUGAUAGCGUCGAUAGCUUUUCAUGAGAAAAUCACACGAGAGGGUCCUGCGUUGAAAGAGCUGGUGGAAAUACAAGCCAAAGAAUGUGAAGCAAUUCUGAACCGUACUUUUGAAGCAUGUGAAGUCUGCAGAUCUCGCAAUCCAAAUGUGCCUCAAACAAUCAAAAAUGAUCUCGAAAAGCUAUUGUUACUGAUAGUACCGAGAACUUUCCAUGAUGUGACUGGAACACCGUUAGAAACAAUUGUCGGAGAAACUGUUCCAAGCGUUGUUAAAAGUGACAGCAGUAACCUUGGAACAUUCUUCAAGGGAACACUUCCUAAAGUAGGCAAGGAUAUCACAAAACAUCUGGGAAUAUUCUUUACUAAAACACUCCCUAAACUGGGGAAAGUUGUGGGAAAUCAUCUUGAAACCUUCUUCACAAAGACUAUUCCAAAGACAGGGAAGAAAGCAGGAGGGCAUGUUGAUGUCUUUUUUACAGAUACAAUUCCUACGGCUGGAAAAGAUAUUGGAGGUCAUGUAAACACAUUCUUUACUAAAACACUCCCAAGUACAGGAACAGAUGUUGGAAAAAAUAUUGAUACAUUCUUCAGAAGAACUAUUCCUAAAACCGGAAAUGAAGUUGGAAAAUUUCUUAAGAAGACAUUCUCUGAAACAGCAAAAACAAUUGAAACUUUCUUCAAAGAGACACUUCCUGAUUUAUUCACAGGAAGACGCAGACGACAAACUUCUGAGUGUCACACCUGUGAUAAAAUCAACACCGAAACUAUGACGUCACUGGAUCUUAUGCGUUCAGUUUGUGGACAAGCCUAUGUCAACAACAUCGCACAGUACAAGAAGAUGGUAACCAUAAACAAACUGAUCCAUAUCGACAAAAAGCCCAUCAUUACUAAGGUGACUUUCAUGAGGAAAGAUGUGGUUGAUAAAGUGUUGGAAGGUGUAGCUUCUGCAUCGCCGAUUGCUGUCACCUACACUGAUGGAACAACUGCGGAAACCUUGAAAUCAGACGCCACUCUCGACCUUCUGGAUUCCAAUCAGGCCCUAGGAGAACAACUGGCUAAGGAAAUAUGGGACAUGAUAUAG